AGCCCCUUAUAUUAAUCCAUAUUUCAUGCCUUCACCAAAAAUCCUUUUUACAAGAAAAUGGCUAGACUCGCUUUUCUCUUCACCCUUACUUUUCUCCUCUUCACCUUCUCUCAAGCCCGCUUCAUCACAUCUGAAUCCCAACAUGAUGUCACCCCCGAAAAAUCCGUUACCGAUUUUCCCGAAUCCGACCCCGAAUCCGCCAUCCUUCUCCCCAGCGAGAAACCCCACUUUGAACCCCCCAAAUUACUCGACUUCAAGCACGAUGAUGAUGCCUCCGGCGUCGCCUCCGUUCCUUUGACCAAGAUCAGUUUUAACCCUGUCAACCGCCACUUCCCAAGGCGUCCCUUGAUUCCGUUCCGUCACAAGCACAACUGCCGUUUCCAUAAACGCUUCAUGCCUUUGAAUCCACGCUUCCAUCAGAAACGCUUCAUUUCUUACGGCAACGACAUGAUACUGUCCGACGAGAGAAGUUUUGACCCAGAGUCACGCGGUGUUGUUCGCCAGAUCGAGGCCAGAUGGGGCAGUUUUGACGAUGAUGGCACCGAGUCUAAGCAUCAUGUAGGUUUUAUGAAGCCAGAUCACCAUGACCACGAGCACCAUGAUGAAGACCAUGACCACGAGCACCAUGAUGAAGAGGAUCAUGAGGAAGAGCAUCACCACCACCACCACCAUCAUCACCACCGCCAUCAUCACCGUGGAGAGGAAGAAAGGGAUGAGACAGAGGAGCAGGAGGGCGGGUUCAUGGAGAAGUUCCGCAAGUAUUUUAUUCAUUUUUGAAUAUACCCUGCACGUUAUCUAAAAUGAUCAUAGUGAUCUAGUGUUGUAUCUAUCUAUAUGUUUAUUUGGGAAAUUUUCACUUUCUAGUUACCAGCCCUUAGGGUAUACGUGCAUAUUUACUAUUUAGUGUGCUUUACUAUGGGUUGUAAAUAAGAUUGCACUCGUUUAUGGUGAA